AUGUCCGACGCGCUGUUCGACCGCAUCCAGCGUUACACCAAGACGCACGCCGCCUGCACCGCUGCCGUCGCCGAUUGGCCGGCUUUUUUCAACGAUCCCGCACAGGGGCUCAGCAAAAGCGCGUCAGCCGACGCCGUAGCAGACUGCAAGUACCUGCUGUGGCAGGAGCCCACGUUCAACGGCCUGGGAAAUCAACUGCUCUCCCUCGUCUCUGCCUUCGUAUACGCCCUUUUAACUGACCGCACGCUGCUGAUCAGCCCUGCUGCGUUCAACGCGCGCCUCCUCUGCAACCCCUUCCCGCACUCCUCGUGGCGCCCACCCUCCCUCUCCUCUCAAGACUUUGAUCUGAUGGCAGCAGUGGCGCGGAAUCACAUGGUGGGGCGCAUGGAGAUGGACGAUGGGGCGAGAGGGGGCGAUGAGGAGCAGAGGCACCCCAAUGCUGCUUUCAGCGACCUCAGCUGCAGAGCCAACGUCUCAGAUCUCGAGUUUUACUGUUCCAAGGUGCAGAGGCAGAUCUCAGCCAUCCGUUUCCUGGGGCUCGAUACAGAGGAGUACAUUGUGCCUGCCCUCUACUUCGUUCCUGAAUUCGAUGCUGAGUUGGAGCGCCUGUUCCCCGACCGUCUGCCGCUGAUGCACGUGGGGCGCUACCUGCUGCACCCCGCCAACUACCUCUGGGAGGAAAUCACCCGCGCCUUCCGAGCCUACCUCGCCCCGUACCAGCACAGGGUCGGCAUCCAGAUCCGGGACUUCACAACAGACACUAUGGACGAGCCACAAGUGAUUCAACGCACGAUGCAGUGUGCUUUGAAUAUAUCCAAGGGGCUUCCUCCCCUGAUGGAGCAUGCACGGUGGAAGAGCAUUAUGAACGAGGAGGUUGCCCCUACUGCCUUGGAGCAGCAGUGGUUGGAUCGGCCACGGGACAAGGCAUACGAGGGCAGCAGCAGCAGCAGCAGCAGCCCGCGCAGCAUAGGCGUGUUAGUGGCGUCUUUAAAACGCUCCUACCAAGACGCCAUCCGGGAUGCGUAUGUGGAGGGGGUGCCGCUGGGGGGCCACGACGUGGCGGUCAACAGCCUAAGCCACGAGUCGGGGCAGACAUACGGCGAGGAGCGGCAGCUGGAGCUGGCAUUAAAAGAGAUGUGGCUGCUGUCCAUGUGCGACCUACUAAUGGUGAGUGACAGCUCCACCUUUGGCUACAUGGCAGCAGGCCUGGCAGGAGUGAGUCCAUUCUCCCUCAACAUCGUGCGUCGCAUGGGCGCCGACUGGGAUGUCAACGGGCGGCCCGAGUGUGAGGUCACCACGCCCGAGCCCUGCUACCUCUCCAUGCUGGAGGCGCAUCAACGGCAAAUCCAGUGCCCCGGAGAGCCUCCCAAGUCGCCAGUAGAAAUGUCCCCCAAGGUCAAGUACUGCCCUAACUACAGGAUAGGAAUCGCGCUGGAUUCCCCCUUCCGCAUACCCCCUUCUAAAUUCUCCCCUCCACAUUCCCCCACCCGCAUUCCCCCCAUCCCCAUUCCCCCUUCUGCGUUCCCCCUUCCGCAUUUCCCCUUCCGCAUUUCCCCUUCCGCCUUCCCCCUUCCGCAUUCCCCCUUCCGCAUGGAUGUGUUCCGCAUUCCCUCCAUCCGCAUACCCCCUUUCGCAUUCCCCCUUCCCCUUCCCCCCUUCCGCAUUUCCCCUGCGCAUCCCUUCCGCAUUUCCCCAUCCGCAUUACCCCUUCCGCGUUCCCCCUUCCGCGACGCCCCCCUCCGCGAUCCCUCGCAGGCGUUCCCCCUUCCGUAUUCCCCCUUCCGCGUUCCCCCGUCCAUAUGCGCCCUUCCGCGUUCCCCCAUCCGCAUCCCCCCACCGCAUCCCCCCACCGCAUCCCCCCACCGCAUCCCCCCUUCCGCAUUCCUCUUCGGCAUUCCUCCUUCCGCCUUUCCCCUUCCGCCUUCCCCCCUCCCCGCUCCCCCUUCCGCUUUCCCCCUUCCGCGGUUCCCCUUCCUCAUUCCCCCUUCCGCAUUCCCCUUUCCCCAUCCCCCCUUGCGUAUCCCCCGCCCCAUGUUUCCCCCUGCUGCCCCCCUGUUUCCCCCGAGUGCACAUCCCUUCUCAUCCCAUCCAUCCUCUGCACAUCCCUUCUCACCCCAUCCAUCCUCUACACAUCCCUUCCCACCCCAUCCAUCCUCUACGCAUCCCUUCUCUGACCCCAUCCAUCCUCUGCACAUCCCUCCUCACUUUAUGGAUCCUCUGCGCAUCCCUUCUCUCACCCCAUCCAUCCUCUCGCAACCCUUCUCACUCCAUCCAUCCUCUGCGCAUCCCUUCUCACCCCAUCCAUCCUCUGCCUCAUCCCUUCUCACCCCAUCCAUCCUCUACGCAUCGCUUCUCACCCCAUCCAUUCUCUACGCAGCCCUUCUCACCCCAUCCAUCCUCUAUGCAUCCCUUCUCACCCCAUCCAUCCUCUAUGCAUCCCUUCUCACCCCAUCCAUCCUCUACGCAUCCCUUCCCUUUCCACCCUCCUUACCACCAUCCCCUCAGGUUUGGGACGUUGAGGACGGACAGCAACGAGCAGAUUUUCUCUGCAGCAACGAGUGUUGUGCUGUUGGAGUGGAUCUCCAAUGA